GGGGCAGAGGAUAGCCUCCGCGCGCAUGCGCAGACAUGUAUCCCUCAGUGUAGCGUUAAUGUGUGUGUGUGUGUGUGUGUGUGUGUGUUUAGAGCCGUGUUGUCGUUUCGCUUCCUCGGUGUGUGUGUUCGUCCCCUCGGCGCGUUACCGUCCGUCGGAGUGACUCGGUCACCGUUCAUGUGCCUGCGGAGCAAAGUUGUAACGUUGUAACGUCACCGUGUCAGCUACAUCGGCGACGCCGCCGGAGGAAACGGACUAUGUCGGCAAAUAAAACAAAGAAAGUCAAAAUGGCUACGAAAUCUUGCCCUGAAUGCGACCAACAGAUUCCAGUGGCGUGUAAAUCCUGUCCGUGUGGUUUCGUGUUCAUUAGCAGAAAACUCCUAAAUGCCAAAUUAAAUGAGCGGUCCUCUCCGGCCAUAGCAGAUAAGCUCGACUUUAAGCGGAGGAGGACGGAACGUAUUCGCAGGGAGAGGAUCGACUCUUCUUUAACCAAUGACAUGGAGAACAGGAGAAGAUCGCGGGCCAAUAGCCAAUCAGAUCCCAUCCGGAGGGGGCGGGGCCGACCAAAAUCAGUGGGGCUGAAGAAACAGGAAGAGGAAAAAGAGAAACAAGAGAAGGAGGUGGAUAUCUAUGCAAGUCUCUCCGAUGAGAAGGCCUUCGUGUUUUCUGUGGCCUUGGCUGAGAUCAACCGUAAGAUCCUGGGUCAAAGACUCAUCUUAUAGAUUGAAGCCUGAACAGCGAGCACAAGCACAGAGAACCAUAUUAAAAAAAAAAAAAGGAUGACCAAAGUGGGCACAAGUGGACCUGGACCUUGGAUGCUGAGAUUGUGAAAACUGCUGGAGCUACAGACUUGAAGUGGUGGGUGUGACCGUCGACGCUCCUCCUCGGCACCUUGAAUCACAAACCCACCACAGGCAUGCAAACCAAGUGGACUAAAAAAAAAAAACGAGUGUGCUUUGUGUCAUGACAUACAUUGUUGUUGAUAGAACCAGGGGAAGAGUUCGUCCUGUAGAUACAUGCUUCAGUGUAUAGAUCCACACCACGCUGUGUUCUCAGAGCCUCAGAGUGUAACUGUGCGACCACCUGAACAUCCGCAGUCAGCUUUAGCUUCACAUGAAUUAAAGACCAGGAUGUUUGGAACCUGCGUUCUCUGAUCAACUGGACAUGAAGCCUAUCAGGAACCAACAGGCUGAAAUAGAAUAAAGAUUUCUUCCCCAUCUUUAAAUUAUCUAUACGUAAUGUUGAGCAUAGCUGUUCAAUCAUACAGGAAGUCAGAUAUUUAUGAGCGACAGCUAAUGUAGUAAAAGUCUUCUCAAGGCGUAUUAUAUCAACUUUUAUUCAGUCAGCAGUUAUUGUUUAAUUGAUGAUCUGUUUGACGGGCAGAAUCCCACGUAUCAUUGUAUAUUAUUUUUGAAUUCUAACAGCUUUUAUGCAUGUUUAUGAUUUUUUUUUUUUACAUAGAAAUUUAAUGUAAACACACUAUCCUCCCCAAAACAUGGGCGGCUGUCGGGGCUCAGACAUUCUUCUUUACAGAUUUUAUUUUGAAAAUCACCACAUCCCACGUGUCACCGGACGGUUUCUGUUACUUCACAAUAAUAAAACCAAUUAAAAUAAGUUUGUUAUUGAACACUA